UAUACACACUGUAAAAAUGCAUAAAUAGCACAAUGAGAUCAAAAAGAAGUAUUUUUCAAACCAUUUCGGCAACUCGGUUUGUCAACUUUGCAGCUAGAGACGUCCUGGAAUGAUUUCACUCUGCUGAAUAUAUUUAAAGCAGCAAAUUGACACCAUGCCUAAGAAGUUCAAGGGAGAAAACAGUAAGGCAGUUGUUGCCAAAGCCCGCAAAGCCGAGAAGGCAGCCGAGGAGAAAGCCAAGAAAGACAAAGCGAUAGAAGAUGCGUUUUGGGAAGAUGAUGACAAACAAGCUAAAAAAAAGAUGGCAAGGAAGGAAGAUAAAGAAAAGAAGAGGCAAGCAGAGUUAGAGAAAAAAGCAGAACUACGGGCACUAGUAGAGAAUGAAGAGUCAGUACUGACUCCAAAAGCUACACCACAGAAAGUAACUCAAUUUGAGUUGAAGAGAGGUCAAGAAAGACAGGCUGAACUGGAGCAGCAGUUGAAAGAAAAAGAAGAUUCUAAGACGCACCUUGACGAUCCCCUAAUUGAAAAUCUCAAUAGGGUUGAAGGUGAUGUGAUAUCAGCGAGUGGUAUUGAUGCAGCUUUGUCUGCUCUAAGUACUGAUGACAGUAAUGCAGAACAACAUCCAGAGAAGAGAAUGGCAGCAGCAUUUAAGGCCUUUGAAGAGAAGAGACUACCACAGAUCAAGAAGGAAAAUCCAACUUUGCGUAUGUCACAGCAGAAGCAGAUGCUGCGUAAAGAAUGGCUGAAGAGCCCUGAGAAUCCUUUGAACCAUAGGAAAUGAUUUGAUAAACCAGUGAUAUACUAAAUGUAAUGAAUAUACCAUUGGAGGAAUGAUAUCGAGGAUCUCAGUUUAUUUUCAUGUUUGCGGAGACUAAAAAUCGGAUAUAUAUAUACCAUUGAAUUAUUUAAGGGUUUAUGUGGAAGGGUUUACAUGAAGAUGGUAUCAUGUGCAAAAUUUGCAAUAAAGACCUUUAAUUAAUUUUGUUAGCUUAUUAUUAUUAUUAUUAUUAUUAUUAUUAUUAUUAUUAUUAUUAUUAUUAUUAUUAUUAUUAUUAUUAUUAUUAUUAUUAUUAUUAUUAUUAUUAUUAUUGGAAACUAUUAACACAAUUUUAGGAUAAAUGUUGUUAUUGCUUAUAUUCUUUGUAAUUGGAAUACAUCCACUUAUUAUUCAUAUUUUUGUUUGUAUGUAUGAUCUUUGUGUGUGGGUGCUUGCAGAUGUGUGCUUGUUUGUGUGUGCAUGGAUUUGUUUUUGCCUCAAAGCAACUUCCAAAUGCACAAAAUUAGUGCAUAAAAUUUACAGACUUCAACAUCAUGACAAAAGUGAAGCUUUUGGGUUCCCUUUUGCAGUUUUAUGUUUUGUUCUUAAUAUUGUUGACACUCCACAUCGGAGGAAUAAACCUUUCUAUGUUCACAGUGUUUGUUAGUUCUCCAAAAGCUGAUGUUCUAUUGAAUAUCUUGUCUCAAAUUAUUGCAAGUCACUUUAUACAUUGGCACAAAAAAAAGUGAAUGGUGAUCAGCUCAGUGGUUCCGUUGUUCAGAGUAAUAUUAAAAGCAGUGUAGCUGAUUUUCAAAUAUGAUAAAUUAUUUUGCAUGUUAAACCAUUCAGGACAGGUAAAACUUUUGCCUAAAGUUUGGUAAAGGCAGGGUUGCCUUACUUUGUGACACUCCAUACCUGGGUUAUUACACUAUUCACAACCAGGCUCCUGAGGUUGUUAAACAUUAUCUGGCAUUGGUGAAAUUUUAGCCCUGGCAUGAUUAAACUUCAACCAGCAUUAGUGGAUUAAGAAAUGAAAUAGCAAAAAGGCAGACAAUUCAGUAUGCUUGUAAGUGUUUUUCAGUUGCUUAGUAGUUAUAUGGUAGAAACUGUCAAUGUGUGAGGAAAAUUGAGUGGUUUUAAUUCUGAAAACCUGUUAAACAGGAAUAUGAAUUAUGAAAGUAACCAUAUCAAUACUGCUUUAUGGUCCAGACUUUUAAUUUAAUAAAAACUAAAGUGUCAUAGACAGUU